AUGAGUCUGAAGUGGCUGGUCACUCUGAGUGUGUUUCUGGUCAUUGGUAACCAUGGCGAUGCACAGGAUGUUCGGGUCAAGCUCUGCGGCCGGGAGUUCAUCCGCAUGGUGGUCACUUCCUGUGGAAGCUCCAGACUGAGACGCUCCACGCUGGACAUUAACCAUACGCACUUCAGCACACACGUAGAUAAGAUUGUGGCCGGGCUCAGCAGUGGUCAGGUAGUGAACCUGAUGCGACUCCAGACUUUUGAGGAUAUACAGCAGCUGGACGAUGGUUCCUCAGAGACAGGCACGGAGAACGGAUCUGCAGUAAAAAUCACUGAAGGGUCAGGAAUGGCGCCAGACGACGGUCAGUCUGCAAAUGUGUCCAUCCGGACAGUGCGUGAUGUCGGUCCAGCCGGAGUGUGUUGUCGGUCCGGCUGUACGAUGAGUGAACUGGUUCAGUACUGCUGACCUUAAUACUCCACACACACACAUGUAAACAGCAGUGUGUGAAAAUCUCUGAUCACUUACAGUCAAUUACAUUAUUAUCAUUUAUUAAAGAUUAAUACUGUUUAUUAAUCAGCACUAAAGUGGGGCAUUUGACCAAGUGAAUAAACUGUGUAAUAAAUUUGAAUAAUUGGAAUAAUAAUGAUUAAAAUUAAAUAUGAAUUAGCUUAUAAAUAUUGAUUUGGUGUUUAAAGACUACGAUCCUGAUUUUCUUCGCAAUCAGAUCGAACUGGAUCAGGAAUCCAAUUAUAAAUGAUCAGUUUGCAGUUUGCAUGAUUUUUUUUCUAUGAUGUUUGUAGCAGAAAACCAAACCAGCCGUCAGUGUUUCCCUGAUUAAUUACUGUAGUGGCUUAACGACAGUAUCUAAUGUGAAAAUGAGGAGUGUGGAAAUUUUGUGGUUUUGUUGCUGUUAAUUUAGCAGCGUGAGCUGAAUCAUCACAGCUAAUUGUGGUUAAAGUGGAUUCUGAAUAAAUAUGUUCACUGAGAAUCAUUUUAGACAGAAAAUGAUUUUAUCAUUCAAACUUUCAAAUAGCCACAAAGUACAGAGACAUGAUUUUCCUUUUUUUCU